AUGUCAAAUAUUGAUAAUAAUGAACAAUUAUAUAAAACAAUUGAAAUUGAAGAAAUACCAGAUGAAGAUGAUGAUCUAUUAAAACAAAAUAAUUAUUUAAUUGAACCAACAGAUUAUAUUCUUACUGAUGAUGAACUUAAAAUAUCACGACAAACAUCACAAAAAUCACAUAAAUCAACUACAAAUGAUAUAUCUUUUGAAUUUGAUCCUGUUUUAUCAUGUUAUGAAAAAGCAUUUUCAAAAAUGGUUGAAAAUAUUGAUGAUUCAAUAAAGCCUUCAAAUACAACAUCAAAAGAAUCACAAGUACCAUUAAAAACAACAUGUCAUCAACGUCCUGAAGAUGAUCCUAUUGCUUUACGUGCAUUAAAACGUUUUGAACAACGUAUGAAUGCUGCUAUGGCUACUAAAAUUGGUAACGAUGAAACAAAUCCAUUAAUGGUCAAAGGUAAAUCAUCAUGGUCAGGUACACAAUCUACUCCACGAAAAUCACUUGAAAAUGUUUUUAAAAAUGAUCAAACAAUACCAUUAACUUCUACUUCAAUUAAUGAACAAUCACCAACAAAAUCUUCACGUGAUACAUUUAUUCGACCACGUAAAACAAUACUUGAUGAUAUUGGAAUUAAUCUUGGUAUUAAACGAAAUUUACCUGAUAGUACUAUUCAAAAUAAUUCAACAAAUAAUGAUAAUCAUAAAAUAGAAGAACAAGAACAACAACCACAACAAACGCCAAUAGCUAUAGUAGAAAAUAAUGAAAAACAAGUUGUUCCAGACGAAUUAAUAAAGACUAUUGUUUCUGAAGGUCAUCAACAACAAGAACAAGAAAUGAUAAUCAAUUUAUUAACAACAAAUGAAAAUAGUUCGAGUAAUGAAGCAGAAAAUUCAAAUUCAUUAGCUACUUCAUCACUCGAUAGUUCAUUAAAUACAGUGAUUUCACACUCAUCAUCUGAACAACAAACACUUACACCAUAUCGUCUUCAACUUGAAGGUCGUCGUCGUUUAAAUACACUUGAACGUAUUCAUGAUCGUCAUGAUUCAAAUGAUUCAACACAACAAUUUCAAAAUCAAUACACAGUUAAACCUGAAGAAUUACAAGAUCCAAUUAUUCGUCGUGCACUUGAACGUUUCGAUGAAAAAAGUCGUUCAUUAGCACAAACAGUAAAACCAUCAAAUUUUGAUAAUAUUCAAGAUCCUAUUACACGACGUGCAUUAAUGAGACUUGAAACAAAUUUAAAACGUACUAUGCCAUCAAAUCCUUCAACAACAUUAACAUCAACAAAUAAUAAUGAUCCAAAUGAAACAUGGUAUACAAAUAGUUAUACACUUGGUUCAUUGCAAACAAAUAAUGAUAAUCGUUUAACACGUUAUCCUGAUUCAUCUUUAUCAUCAACACCAUCUAAUAAAACACCUCAUGUUUCUAUACAUCAACGUUUUUGUUCAACAUCAUCAUCUGAUAUGUCAGAAUUAUCUACAAAUAAUAUGAUAUCAAAUAAUGAACAUGAUAUACCAAUCAUGCGUGUACCAACACAACCAAUUUAUGUUACAUCAAAUAAUCAUCAACAACAACAACAACAACAACAACAACAACCGAUUAGUUUACGUCAACGUUCACAUUCUGAAGAUAUGCUUUCAUCAAGAGAUAUUUCCAUGAAUGAAAUAACAAAUCUUGAUAAUAAUAAUAAUAACAUAAAUCAAUUACAACAAGAUGAUUUAUCAGAUGAACUUCAACAACAACAACAACAACAAGAAACACCAUCAUCAAAUGAAAUUACUUCAAAUAAAACUGAUUUACCAUUACCAACUACAAUAAUUAAAUCUCUUGAUCCAAAUUUUGUUCGUACAACAGAAGCAUCUAUUAAUUAUGUAACACCUACACAAACAUAUUCAGCAUAUAGUUGUGAAUAUACACGUCCACAUCAAAGUUCAUUAUUAACAUCACCGAAAUUAGAAUUAUCAUCUCCUAGAAAUUAUCAACAACAAAAUGAAAAUGAUAUUCAAUAUUCAAAUCCAUCAUCAUCAUCAUCAUCAGCAUUUACACCUGUUCAUCCUUCAACAAAUAAUUAUCAUCCUCAACAACCAUUACCUACACCAUCGUAUACGUCAAUGUAUACACCGAAUAAUCUUAAUCAAACACCAUAUUCUGAUGAUCCAAUUGUUCGUCGAGCACUUGAACGUUUUAAUUCUCAAAUGCAAAAUAGUCUUAUGCAGAUGCCACAACAGCAACAAAAUAUGAAUGGUAUGUCUCGUACAAUUCCUAAUGGAUAUCCACGUCAAGGAAAUCUUGAUUCAUUUUAUCCCAAUGAUCUUCAUCCAUACGAUCCAUGGGCAAAUUUCAAUCGUUCUAUGCCACCAACACCUAAUGCAAGUACUGGUUAUCAAUCAAUAAUUGGACGUCGUCGACAAUUACGUCAUGAUGACAAUUAUCAUGAUAAUACAAGUGUUGGUAAUGCUUAUACAUCAUUAUUAUUUGUUAAUUCUCAAAAUCCAUAUCCACAAAUAAAUAAUCCUUACAUGAAUUUGCCUGAUGAACCACCUGCGAUUCCACCACGUUUACAUCGUGAUGUUUAUCGUGAACAACAAGAAUAUAUAUCUGAAAAUGUUAAUAAUAAUAAUAAUAAUAAUAAUAAUAAUGCAUAUAUUCAACAGGGAUAUUCAACAAUGCCAAAUGGAUUUCGACCAAUAAGUCAUACAUAUAUGCCAUCAGAUUCUUUUCAUCAAUUUCAAGACGAUGAAUAUUUACGUCAUCGUGCACAAUCAACAUCAAGUACAACAUCAUCGGAUAGUGUUCAUCCAAUACAUUUAACUAAACAACGUUUACCUCCAACAUUUGCAAGAACAAAUAUACAACAAAAUAAAAAACUUUUACCUGAUGAUCAUUCACAAUUACAAUCAGGUCAAACAACACCAAAUAAUGGUAGUAUAGCAGGUGAUUCUGUAUUUCAUCGUCUUGCAUAUACAGCAACAAAAUCUUCAUUAUCAAAAUCAAGUUCAAAUUUAUGUGCAAAUUUAUUAAAUAAAACUCCACAGCAACAACAACAACAACAACAACAACAAAAUAAAUUAAAUAAUUUAAAACCAUAUGAAAUUGAUUAUGAUGAUACAAAUAAUAUUCCAAAUAAACAAGAAUCAAUGUCAACAUCAACAAAUUUUACAAAUAAAUGUCAACGUUCAAGAUCUGUUGAUGGUCGUGCACGUUUAAAAAAUGCUCAAAUUCGUAGUAGUAAUAAUAAUAAUAAUAAUCAUCAUCAUAUAAAUCGUUCAACAAAUGAUUCUGAUGAUAAUAAUUCUACAGCAGCAGUACCAUCAUCAAAAUUUACAUCAAUGAAUACACGUCGUGAUGCUGCACCACCACCACGUAUUCCAAUAACACCUCGAUCAACAAUAUCCGAUCGAACACCAUUAUCAAAACGUGUAUCAAGUGGAAAUAAUUUAUCAUACACAAAAAAUCAUAAUGGAAAUCGAACACGAAAUUCAAAUGGAAAUUUAGUUGAUACAGAUAAUGAUGAAAAUUUAACAUUUAAUGAUAAUUAUCAACCAAAAAUAAUUGAUAAUAAAACACGUGCAUCAAUGCCUACUCAUCGUUAUACAGCAAAUAAUAAUAAUAAUAAUAAUCAUAUUCAAUCAUCAGCAUCAACAUCAUCUGUUAAUAGUACAAUGUCUCGUACCAAAGUUCCAGUACCAAUAUUAACAAGUCUUGAUAAAAAAGAUUCAAAUCUAUCUGGUACUGAUCUUAACAGGUUAGAAUUAAUUAUAUUAAUUUUAUUAUCAAUUAGUAAAAGUUCUAUUACAAAAGCUUCUUUGAAUCAAUAUAAAACAUCAUAA